CUCUCUCCAGACAAUUCGUUCCGUCACCACAACCAAUACCACCACCCGCAGUCUGUCCGUCAAACUACAAUCUACAGAAGAGCGAAAACCCAUAAUCAACCACCUAUAAUGGCGUCCUGCCGCAUCCCCGCCCUCCGGCAUAUUGUCACCUCGUCGGCGCGCGCCUUCCGCGCCUCGAACCAGCGCCGCUGGGCCCAGGUCCACGACGUGCGCUUCCUUGCCACGACCCAACAGCCCCGAACCGUCGUAGAGAAAUACCGUGCCAAGCUCGAACAGAAGGCGCGUCAGGAAGGCGUCUCCACCAUUGACGAGCUCAAGGCUGCCUACUCGGAGAAGAUCCAGGAAGAGAAGAAGAAGGACGCCAUCUCGGUCCCCGGACUCGACAGCCUCCUCAAUGACGAGCCCGCGCCGAAGGCGAUACCCACAACAGCCACCAACGCAUCUGAAGGCGGCGCCGCCCCGGCCAACGCCUCCCAGCAGCAGCAGCCGCCGCUCCCUGGCUCCUCGGGCAACGGCAUCAAGCCCCUGGACGAGAUCCUCGACCUCCCCAAGGUGCGCGAGCUGCCCGACAAGGAGCUCACGGCGAUCUGGCGUCUGCGCCACGCCUCCGACCCGACGAGCCUCUGCGCCGUGAUCCCGACCCCGGCAUACCGCACCAUGGAGGCUCUCGCGCGGCAGAACCCGCAGUUCAUACUGCCGGUGCCGCACGAGCAGCAAGGCGCCGAGAUCCACUUCCUGCAGUGGGUGUUCGACAAGGCAUCGCGGACGGCAACGGUCAUGUUCACGCAGCUGGCCGAGUUUAAGGCGCGCGGCGAGUACGCGCAACCACACACGACCAUCACGCACCACACGGACCUGGCGGACGAUAGGGGCGUUGUGCUGAUGCAGGGCAAGUGCUUGGAGGACCGGGGCGUCAAGACGGCGCACGCACAGUGGCUUGUUAUGUGCCUGCAGAGAUUCUACGGCGACGCCGAGGGCAAGGAAAGGGCGGCGGAGAGGCAGAAGCUGCUGGAGUGGUUCCGUACCGGCGACGAGAGGUUCAGCGUUGAGAAGCUGCUGGAUGAGGCCGAACGCAUCAGCUGAUUUGCGGCUUGACAGAGGAGAGGAAGGGGGCGUAACUAAGCAUUUUUGCGCUCGUUGGUACGAUACUGAAGAUUCGUGGUGCACCCACGUGUGCCACUUCGAUGAGAACCUGGAACCGGGAGCGUGUCGACUUAGGCUAAUUCAUCUGUGAGAUAAGUUUAGAGGAUUAGCCUCGAGAGGGGUUUUUUGUAGGUUUUAUUUUUGUACAAAUGACCCAAUGGGAUGUGUAGAAGAACACAUAUAUACCAAAUUUCUAUUGCUCCG